AUUAGUUUUAUAAUUAACUCAUAUUUAGUUCUCCUAAAUAGCCUCUGAAUAUUCGAUGUGACACGGACUAAACUUUAGCUCCAAGAUCCGAACACCCCCUGAGAUCAUCGUUUACUGUUUUCCGUUAAGACCAAGCGUCCGCACCAGUUCUAUCGUCUUCCAUCCCGGAUGCGUGCCUCGCAAGGUUCUGUAAAUGUCAAACUCUUGAUUUCGUCGCAGAUUCCUUAUGAAUCCUAGCCAAAUUCAUUUGACUGUGACACCGUGUAUCCGCGGUUGCUAGGUGCUGAUGUGGAUUUCUUUCGUGAUUUGAGCUUUUGCCUAGGUCCGCGGCAACCGGCAAGAUCAGAGCUUCUUCCUCUUGCACACACCUUUGUGAGAAAACAACAAUGCGGACUUCUGAGAAGGGGGCUCCUAUCUGGCUUCGGUGGGCCAGAUAGGGAGGAUGGAUUAGAGGCCCAUUAAACCCACAACCAUCUCCUUCUUCCCUACCGUUUCCUCUUCUUCCCUAGACUCCACCGCCCGCCCCUUCCUCCGCCGCCCCGGCCGGCAGCUGCCGCGCCACCCGGCCACAACCCAACGCUGCCUCCUCCAACCCGCUCGCUGGCGCUCCUCCUCACCCUCGUCGCCGGCCCCUUCCACUAAAUAGCCACCUUCUUCUUCCCCAGGCUUCCCCCCUCCCCACCGCCACCUCCACUGCCCCGGUCGGUGGCGAGCAAGCUCGUCGCCGCGUCGCCCGCCCUCCAACCACCGCUGCCCCCUCCGGCCCGCCCUUCCUAAUCCGGCGGCGCUCCUCACGCCCGCCACCGACCACUGCCCACCGGAUGGCCAGCCCUGCCCGGCCAGCGGCGCUCCCGCGUCGCCUUGCCUCCGCCGCCGGCCAACCCGCCACCUCCGCCCCCCGCCGACCUCCUCUUCUAAGGCCGGUGGGCAUUGGAGCCCCCCGGAACCCCCAAACCCUAACCCUAAGGUCCCCCGACCUCGACGCCGCCGGCCGCUCCCGCCCACCGCCCACCCUCCGACCUCGGGCACCGGAGGAACGGUGGACAGCAGCGGCGCGUGAGGACAAGCAGAAGCUAGGGCGCGCGGGGAGAAGAUAGGGCGCACGGGGAGGAGAGGAGAUCGGACGGUCCAUGUGGUGUGCACCAAUCUUAAAGCACCGGAAGCCAUAUAAGAUACUAGCUUCCGGAAGUCAGAUAGGAUUGGCUAGAAGGCCACAUGAAGCCCAUAACCUUAUCUAUCCAGAUGGGCCCGUUAAGCUGCAAAGCCCAGCCCAAUUACAUUAAAAAAAGGGUGAAAUACCUAGGAUGGUAAUGGGUAAAUUCCCGUUGGGUAUGGUCAUCCGGAUCCAUCCCCACCAUAAAAAUUUGAGACCACCAGAAUGCCCAUACCCAGCUCUAGGCGAGGAAUUUCCUCAGACCCAUACCCAAUAAGGUAAAUCAUGAGCUGGCGAGGAAUUUCCUCAGACCCAUACCCAAUAAGGUAAAUCAUACCCGGCGGGUCACCCAUACCCGCCAAUAGUUUAUUUAAGCACAUGAAAUCAGCACUUUAGCAGCAACCACUAGUCCCAGAACACAUAAAAUUAGACAAAUAAUAGCAUAUAAUAAUCUCUACGGAUCACAUAACACCAUCACACAAGUCAUUCUAUCAUUACAUUACAUAGCCAAAAGGGAUACAUAAAUAAAUCUCCAGGUUCAUUGUAGUCAAUAUAUAUAGGACAACAAACAUGCUUAGAUUUGGAAUGGAGCGAGGGGGGUAGGGGCUUGUUCGGUUGUUCCCGUAGCCUGCAGUGGAUAGGGGUGGGAAUGUGGGGUUAGGUGGAGUGGGGGAGAGGAUUAUAUAUUUAGAGUUUCACCUUAUGGCCUGGUGCUUGGUGCGCUUCUUUACUUUUGGGCUGGUUAUUUUUCACCCACGGAUCAACGGGUAUGAGACUGUUGGAACAUACCCAUACCUGCGUAUCCGAUGGGUGAAGGGUUUGAUCUAUUUAUGUACCCAUGGGUAGUGUAUUUAGUUCAUAUUCAAAUCCGAAUGGAGUAAAUACCCAUCGGGUAUCGGGUCGCGGGUCCCAUUACCAUCUUGAGAAAUACCCUAACCGCUUCGCCAAGCUGGAAAUUUCAAAACCUCCCGCCCUUCUGUCCCAAUCCAAUCCCCCGCCGCGGCACCCAGUCCCCCCCUUUCGCGAUGCAGCCCGGCGGCGGCGGCGGCGCGAUCCGCGUGCUGAACGUGGCGGAGAAGCCGUCGGUGGCGAAGGCCGUGGCGGAGAUCCUGUCGCGCGGCUCGAUGCAGUCGCGGGCGGGGCGGUCCCCGUACAACCGCGUCUUCGAGUUCAACUACGCCAUCAACGGCCGCGCCUGCCGCAUGCUCGUCACCUCUGUCACGGGCCACCUCAUGGAGCUCGAAUUCGACGACCGGUUCCGCCGCUGGCACUCCUGCGACCCCGCCGAUCUCUUCCACGCCCCAGUCCGCAAGUCCGUGCCCCAGGACAAGCAGGCCAUAAAACAAACUUUGGAAGAAGAAGCUAGGAGGUGCCAGUGGCUGGUGCUAUGGCUUGAUUGUGACAGAGAGGGUGAGAACAUAGCAUAUGAAGUGAUCGAGGUUUGUACAGGUGCCAACAGUCAUCUUAACAUUUGGAGGGCUCGUUUCUCAGCUUUGAUUGACAGGGAAAUACAUGAAUCUGUGCAACAUCUCGGCAGACCCAACAAACUAUUUGCGGAUGCUGUGGAUGCAAGACAGGAAAUUGACCUUCGCAUUGGUGCCUCCUUUACAAGGUUUCAAACAAUGCUGUUAAAAGAUGCAUUUGUAAUUGAUGUCACUGGGGAUGACAGGAAUUUAGUUCUGAGCUAUGGUCCUUGUCAGUUUCCAACGCUAGGAUUCAUUGUUGAGCGUUUCUGGGAGAUUCAAGCUCAUGAACCUGAAGAGUUCUGGACGAUAAAUUGUACUCAUACUUCUGAUGAAGGCACUGCAUCUUUUGGUUGGAUACGUGGUCAUUUGUUUGAUUACCCAUCUGCUGUUAUACUCUAUGAAAUGUGUGUGGAAGAACCAAUGGCAACAGUUCAAAAUGUUAGAAAUCAAGAAAAAUUAAAAUACCCCCCAUAUCCACUAAGUACAUUGGAGCUUCAAAAACGUGCUUCUAGGUACUUCAGAAUGAGUUCAGAACACACAAUGAAGGUGGCUGAAGAACUUUAUCAAGCUGGAUUCAUUAGUUAUCCAAGGACAGAAACUGAUAACUUCUCUCCAAACACUGACCUGCAUGCAAUUGUACGUGAACAAGUGGAGCAUCCAGUAUGGGGAGCAUAUGCUCAUCGACUUCUAACUCCUGAAGAAAGACUUUGGAGAAAUCCCAGUAAUGGUGGUCAUGAUGACAAGGCACAUCCUCCUAUUCAUCCAACCAAAUUUUCAAGAGGUGAAAAUAACUGGAGCCCUGACCACAAUAGAUUAUAUGAGCUUGUUGUUCGCCAUUUCCUUGCAUGUUGCUCUCAACCAGCUGUUGGAGCUGAAACAACUGUGGAAAUUGACAUAGCUGGUGAACAGUUUAAUGCAUCAGGGCGUGUUGUACUUGCUAAAAAUUAUUUGGAUGUUUAUCGCUUUGACUCAUGGGGUGGCACAUUACUUCCAACGUACAACAUUGGACAGCAGUUUGUUCCGACAACUUUAACACUUGAUUCUGGAGUGACUCGGCCACCCCCUCUUCUUGCUGAAGCUGACCUUCUUAGUUGUAUGGAUAAAGCAGGAAUUGGCACUGAUGCAACCAUGCAUGAUCACAUAAAGAAGUUGCUUGACCGUUGUUAUGCAACCAAAGAUGAAAACACACGUUUCUCGCCGACAAAUCUUGGUGAGGCAUUGGUAAUGGGUUAUGAUGAAAUGGGGUAUGAGCUUUGGAAGCCUUAUUUAAGAUCAAUGAUGGAAGCUGAUAUGAAAUCAGUAAGCAUAGGUACAAAGAGUAAAUCACAAGUACUUGAGAGUUGUUUGCAACAGAUGAAGGCUUGCUUUCUUGAUGCAAGGGUGAACAAAGCGAAGCUCCUUGAUGCAAUGGGGACAUUCUUUGCAAGAUCUAAUAGGCCUGUAAAUGAGACACAAAACCCGAUAGAGGUUGUGAGGCCGUGUGCUGCAUGCCGCGAAUCUGAAAUGGUGCUGAAGCAAAAGCAGAAUGGUGAAUUUAUGGUUGGUUGCCGAAGUUAUCCACAAUGUAGAAAUGUGGUAUGGCUCCCAGGAUCUCUUUCAGAAGCGUCUGUAACUAAUCAAGUUUGUCCUAUCUGCACACCAGGCCCUGUUUAUAAGAUUCAAUUUAAAUUCCGUCGGAGGGAUAUUCCACCAAAUUUUGAUGUUGAUCACCUAGGUUGUAUUGGUGGAUGCGAUGAUAUACUCAAAGAGCUUACGGAAAUAAGUAGGUUCGGAAGUCGUAGCCAGGCUGCAACACCAGCAAGAGGACAGACUCCGAAUGGUGUGAGGCAGGGGCCUCCAAGGCAGGAUUUACAUACUAAUUUUCGUCCAGCAGGCCAGCUUAAUAAUGAGAACCCAUCGGUUAUGCAUUCUCAAGGUUUCCGUUCAACCCAUACCCAAAACCAAAGUAACACAUCAGAUGCAGGCCAAGUGCUGUGCACUUCAUGUGGAGAACUCUGCAUAUCACGAAUUGCUAAUACAGAGGCUAACAGGGGAAGGAAGUUCUAUAAAUGUGAAGACCCUGGCUGUGGCUUCUUUAAAUGGGAAGACGAACUGGAUAACGCUACGCCGAGAGGCCGGCGCGGGCGCGGUAGCAGCAGGCAGGCGCCAGCAUCUGCAGGACGGAGAGGCGGCGCCCAAGCGCGCGGCCGGAGGGGCAGAGGCCGUAACACUGAUGGCGGGAUGUUCGUUUCAGCGACGGGCGACCCUUCCCGCUGCUGCUUCACCUGCGGCGAUCCUUCCCACUUCGCCAACGCCUGCCCGAACCGGAGAUAGUUACCGGGAACUUGCUCGCUGUGCGUGUACAGAGACUGGCGGUCUUCGCGAAACGCUAAACCAUUUUCAGGUGGGUAGGAUUAGGAUUCAUGUGCACCUGGCCUGCUCAGGGUAAUUCUGUUCUAGACAACUAAACAAAAUGCGGUUAUUACUAGUACGUGUACAUAGGUAUGGUUGCUUUGCUUGGAAAAAAGUCA